CUCAACACUACACGUUGUCUCCUACCCAUCUCAUUUUUCUUUGGAGGCGUGGGAGAGAAAAUCGACUUGACAUCGACCCUUGCUUGUCAGAAGUGAACGGCCAUCUGACUGUUCAGACGAUUUCGCUGAAAGGGAGUUUUACGUAACUGUUGUUUGCCAAGAGACAAUCCACCUUACAAAAGCGUGACCAACUGCCUCAAGUGCGCAAAACGGACCAGGUGUACAGGGGAAGAGAAAGGACAGCUCUGAACGCUGUGAGCCAUGAAGAUGCUGUUAGCUCUGGCUGCUCUGCAGCUGUUCCUUACUCCUGUUCUUCUGACCCCCAGCGGAGACUACUGGGGAGAGUGGGCACCUUUUGGGGCAUGCAGCCGCACCUGCGGAGGUGGCGUCAUGGUGAGGACGAGGAAGUGCAAUACUCAGAGGACUGAUGGCGGAAGCAACUGUGUUGGCCCAGCAAAGUCCUACCGCAUGUGCAACGUGAAGGAUUGCCCUGAGGGCGCCAGAGAUUUCCGAGAGGAGCAGUGUUCCCAGUUUGAUGGCGCAGAAUUCCAGGGAAAACAUUACAAGUGGAUGGCAUACUAUGGAGCUGAGAAUCCGUGUGAGCUGAACUGUAUUCCGAGAGGAGAGAACUUCUUUUACCGCCACCGGGCUGCAGUAGUGGACGGCACUCAGUGCCACCCUGGCAGGAAGGACAUCUGUGUGGAGGGGGUCUGUAAGCGUCUGGGCUGUGACAACCGCCUGGAGUCCACUCAACAGGAGGACCCAUGCCUGCAGUGCGGAGGGAACGGACAGUCCUGCUACCUGGUCAAGAACACUUUCUCCCAGAGGGACCUGCCCACAGCCUACAAUAGGAUGUUCACCAUCCCCGCUGGAGCCACCACCAUUCGCAUUCGAGAGACUGUGGCCUCACGUAACUACUUGGCUAUCAAGAACCUCCGUGGCGAGUACUACCUGAAUGGACACUGGGUUAUCGAGUUCUCCCGUGCCACCCCCAUCGCUGGCACCAUGCUGUACUAUCAGAGGGGAGCCGAGGGUGACGUGGUCCCUGAGACCAUUAUUGGCCGUGGACCCACCACUGAGCCACUUGUUGUGGAGCUUAUCAGCCAGGAGCCAAACCAAGGAGUAGAGUACGAGUACUACCUGCCCCAUGGCCGCUCCAGGGAGGGAUAUUAUUGGAGCCAUGGAUCAUGGUCUCCCUGCAGCAGAGACUGUGGAUCAGGAUACCAGACUCGUCAUGUCUUCUGUGCCAUUGACACAGAGGUGUUCUCAGACCACUUGUGUGCUGCUCUCCCUCGUCCCACCAGCAACCGCACCUGUAACACACAGCAAUGUCCACAAGUCCGCAGCUGGAAGCUGGGUGAGUGGAACCAGUGCUCGGUGACGUGCGGUGGGGGCUCUCAGGUGCGCUCGGUGGAGUGUAUUUCCCAUGAUGCCUCUGGCCCCCGCGUGGUGGAGGACGCCCAGUGCGAGUCAUACGCCCAGCGUCCGGUCAGCCAGCAGAUCUGUAAUGCUCAGCAGUGUGCGGACUACACCUCCUCUGCCUGGAGCCAGUGCUCGGUGACAUGUGGACUCGGAGAGCAGACACGUGAUGUGGUGUGUGUGGGCAGCGGUGGGGUCCAGCUCGGAGACCAUGCCUGCAGGGCCCUCCUUAGACCCCCCCACGUCCAGUCCUGUCAGAUGCCAGCCUGCCCACGGCACAUCCGCUGGCACGUUGGAGACUGGGGCCUGUGCUCUAAGAGUUGUGGCUCGGGGCUACGUGAGAGGCAGGUGAUCUGCUCUGACAGUCAGAGGAACUUGUACGGGGUGGAGAACUGCAGCGCCCAUCCCAAACCCCCCACCGUAGACAACUGCAACAGGCAGCCCUGCUACAGCCCUCAGGAGGUACCCAGCAUGCAGGAUCCCAGAGGCCAUGACAACACAAUCCACGGAUUCCAGCCCUUCGUUCCAGAGGAUCCUACUCCAGUGAUCAGGCCUGAUGCUGUCGAUCCCACAAACACAGUCGUUGACCCCCAUAGCUCAGCCGUCGCUCGGCACUGCAGCCAGACUCGGUACGGCUGCUGCCCAGAUGGACGCACCUCCGCCCGGGGCCCCAGAGGACAGGGCUGUCACCGGGACCAGUCCUGCUCGGUCAGCAGUUAUGGCUGCUGUCGUGAUGGAGUGACCGCUGCUCAAGGGCCCUACAGACAGGGCUGUCCUGAGGACACUCCUGCUCCCCCUACAGUCGCUAGCCCAACUCCCCCAUCCACAGAUUGCAAGACUUCCACAUACGGUUGCUGCUUUGAUGGAGUUCAUCAGGCUGGAGGUCUCUAUGGAGAGGGCUGUCCCAACCCCCCCAGCAGCACUGCACGUUCGAGUAGCUGCUUCCUGCCUCACUCUGUGGGUCCCUGCGCCGAGUGGACCGCGCGCUACUACUACGACGACGCCCAAGGACGCUGCGUCCACUUCUGGUACGGCGGUUGCCACGGCAACAGCAACAAGUUCCUGUCGCGCCAGGAGUGCCAGAGCUUCUGCCAGCAGGAGACGACGCCCGCGAGAGGAGGCAGCGGCAGCAGUGGACGCACGCGGGACAUGAGCCACGUGUUCACCGUCCCCACGCGCAGUUCAGGCGGCGCCGCCGCGGGGUCCAGUAACCCCGACGGCCCCGUCCGCUUCGGCUCCAGCGCUGCCACCAGUGCCUACCGCGCCCGGCUGCACAUGCGAGGCCGCCGCCCCGCCGCACACACGAUGCCCGCUGCCAGCCAGAUAGAUGUGGGUGUGAGUAUUGACAAGUCGGACCCCUCUACGGUGGAGGGGCUGGUUGGCCAGCAGGUGGUGUUGCCCUGUAGGGUCACCCCUCCACCCUCCUCCACUGUAGUGGUCGAAUGGAAACGAGAUGGAACACCCCUGAAUCCCUCCAGGCAUGUCCAGCAGCCCAACGGCUCCCUCCUGGUGGGCCCCCUCAGAGUGGAAGACUCGGGCUGGUUGCUGUGCUUGGCCACGCGGGACCGUGAGCGCGACCACCGCUACAUCUACCUGUCCGUCUCAGCGGCAUCCCAUCUCGAUGGAGCCGACAGGCCCGAGACGGAGGAGAACCGUCAGCAAUUUCCCAGGUUCAGUAUUGACCAUUCGGCGUCGUCACUGGUGGAGGCUCGCGCCGGGCAGACAGCCAGAUUGACAUGCACGAUCACUCCUGCCUCUGCCAUCCCUACGGUCACCCUGCAGUGGACCAAAGCAGGCCAACCACUCAGCACUAUCAGUAGGCAUUCCCAGCACUCUGAUGGCACUCUGAUGAUUAGUCAGCUGGUGUCGGAAGACUCAGGUGUGUACACCUGCUCUGCCUCCACCACUCAGCAGCUGGAGGAGCGACACAUCCAGCUCCGAGUCCUGGGGGACCCCAGAAUCACCACAGCUCCCAACAAUGUGCAAGUGGUCCAGGGGAGUACAGCCCAGCUCCCAUGUGUGGUGACCGGAGACAACGUCAACAUAGGCUGGUCUAGAAAUGGUGUGCCCGUGAGGCCAGAUGGACGCUAUGUCCAGGUGUCAUCAGAUGGGACUCUGAUCCUCAAUAACGUGCAGCCGUCAGACGAGGGCACCUACACCUGUAAUGCCUACACCGGCACCUUCUCUGUCAGCGCUACAGCUGAAGUGCGGGUCAUCAAGUCCCCGCUACACGAUGAAAACCGGAAUGCAGGGAUACCUGGCGACUGUGUGGAUCAGCCUGAGUUGGCCAACUGUAAGCUGAUCGUCUAUGCCCGCCUGUGCUCCAGUCAGUACUACUCAAGCUUCUGCUGUGCCAGCUGCACCCGCUACAACCAAGGGCUGGACAGGUUUGGGCAGAUUGGGUAGGGAGGAGGCUGGCACGGACCCAGUGUACCACUCAAGCCCCAGGACUGAGAUGAACUUCCUCCUCCUCCAGACCUCCACCCUUGGAGCCGCUGCACACGAGGAGCUCCACCACACUGCUGUGCACAUGUACAAAGGGAUUUAUCCAUGUGUUUGUUUGUUUUGUUUUUUUUGUACAAAAGGCGUAAUGACUGCAUAUGAUAUUUAUCUUGUGAAAACAAAAAUACUACAGAGAAUGUUUUCUUUUUUUUGUCAUUGUUCAGGGAUAAUCUGUUGGUGAAUAUUUGCCUGGUGCUUUUUCCAGACAUUUAUGGUUCACUGAAAUUAGAUGUUUUUUUAAUGUCACUGUAUUUGGUGAAUGCCUUCAAAGUGUGAAUGUAUGAGUCUACUGUAGGAGCGAUAUGAUGGGCGGUAGACAUCGUUUGAAUAUGUUCCCAGACUGACCACGUUGGUUUGUUUAUAUGGAUGAUGAAUGUGCACCAGAUUCGCUGGUUUCAACCCCAAAGGUAAAAUAUGGGAAUACAGCACGAGGUGUUCUCAUGGUGAUGCACUUAAUCCCACCGAAUAACAAAUUGGGUCACAAUUCAUCCCCUUAUUUUCCCUGUCAUUUGGUGAAGGCAACAGAUUGCACCCUUGUCCAUGUCCUCGUCAUUUAAUUUUCACACACACACACAUUGUCACACACAGCAGCUUUGUACCUAGGAAGGAUGUUGCUGAUUUUUAAGAGUCUGUAACCAAGUACUCACAUGACAUUUUGUAAUAUGAUAAUAUUUUUGAAGAUUCUUCUUUAUACUACUAAGACAAUGCAACACAAAAAUGCAACAUAUUCCGAUGACAUUCAGAUGUUCAUUUGCUGACUAAAUGUCAGACUGAUGGCCUGAUGACCAUAACUCGAAACAACACUGCCAUCUGCUGUGCAUCUGACAGUUUUUAAGGUGUGUUUAACAUGAACCGAAAGACUGCAUGAAAUGCCUCAGCUUCUCCUGCUGAACUGCCCAUAACUGUGUCUAAAAGCACAGUGUAGAGAUAGUCAAUAUAUUAGCAUAGAACUUGCAGUCACAGGUGGGGCAAAGGUGCAGCUCUGUAUAAAUCAAUAAUAGAAAUAUAUAUAUAUCUAUGUAAACUU